AUGGCCGCCGGGCCAACGACGUUCCGACUGAGUCAGCUCCGCGACAUAUUCGACCGCUUCGACAUGGACGCCGACGGCAGCCUCACCGUGCUAGAGCUCGCCGCCCUGCUCCGCUCCAUCGGCCUCAAGCCGGCCUCCGGCGACCAGAUCCACGUCCUCCUCGCCGACAUUGACGCCAACGGCAACGGCUCCAUCGAAUUCGACGAGCUGGUCUCCGCCAUCGCCAACGACAUCGACGAGCAGACGCUGGUGAACCAGGACCACCUCCUCGAGGUCUUCCAGCUGUUCGACCGGGACGGCAACGGCGUCAUCACGUCGGCCGAGCUGGCCGGCGCCAUGGCCAAGAUGGGCCAGCCCCUGACGUACAACGAGCUCAACCAGAUGAUGAAGGAGGCUGACACAGACGGCGACGGCGUUAUUAGCUUCACGGAGUUCUCCACCGUCAUGGCCAGGUCCACCAUGGAAUCUUUGGGGAUGGCUGCUGAUCCUUGA